AUGCUCGCAGCUCGGGCGGGCCGCUCGUUCGCAUCUUUCAGCACUAGGAGAUUUGCAGCUGCUCCUCGGAUGAAUAUCAUUUCUAAACGCCAAAAGGCGUCGUCUGGGAGCACACCCGAGGCUGCAAGCUCUGAAGCUGCUGUCGCGCUGCACAAUCGCGGCAAGGAGCAUGCCGAGAAGCUACUGUCCUUCAUCAAUUAUGCGUGGACGACUUUCCAUGCGGUCGAGGAGGCCGCACGAAGGCUGGUCGCUGCUGGAUUUACUCGCAUCUCCGAGCGUGAACCCUGGUCCGUACAGCCCGGCGGCCGCUACUUCUUCACUCGUAACAUGUCCACAGUGGUGGCCUUCGCAGUGGGGACCAAGUUCCAACCAGGCAACGGCUUCUACAUGGUGGGGGCGCACACGGACUCACCCUGUCUUAAACUCAAACCAGUGACCGCAUCCAACAAAAGCGGGUACAACAUGAUUAACGUGGAGACGUACGGCGGUGGCUUGUGGUACACCUGGUACGACAGAGACUUAGGUCUCGCGGGCCGGGUGCUGCUGCGGGAGGACCCCGCGGGUACGGCAGUUGGCGGUGGCAGUAGCUUGAAGCACCGGCUGGUCAAGAUCGACCGACCGCUGAUGCGGAUCCCCAUGCUGGCCAUCCACCUGCAAAGGGACAUCCACACCGCCGGCUUCAAACCCAACCUCCAAACCAACUUCGCGCCGCUCCUCGCCACGGCAGUGAAGACCCAGAUCCUGGGUGAGACCGCCGCCGCCGCCGCCGCCUCCGGCCACCGCCACUCCCCGCUGCUGCUGUCCCUGUUGGCUUCGGAGCUGGGCUGCCCCCCCGAGGCCAUCGUGGACUUCGAGAUGCAUCUGGUGGACGUUCAACCCGGGGUGUUGGGGGGGGCGCACGGGGAGUUUGUGUUUGCGGGCCGACUGGACAACUUGGCCAUGUCGUACGUGGCGCUGCAGGGUGCCGGUGGCCCGGUGAUGAGGGACACCAUUACCCGGGUCGCGGCGGCGCUAUCCGGGGGACAGGAGGUGGUGGGCGCCGUGGAGCGAACCCUCCGUAACUCCUUUUUGAUCAGUGCCGACAUGGCACACGCGCUCCACCCCAACUACUCGGACAAGAGAGGUGGCCCGGCGCCACGGCAUACCCUGCCAAGAGUUCUCCGUACGCAACGACAUGCCGUGUGGGUCCACCAUAGGGCCCAUUCUGUCAUCCAACCUAGGCUGCCGUACAGUGGACUGCGGGAUAGCGCAGCUGUCAAUGCACAGCAUCCGGGAGCAGUGCGGUACGGAUGACGUUGCGCUGGCGUACGACCACCUGUUGGCCUUCUUCCGCGAGUUUUCUUCCCUGGACGCCAAUCUGGAUGUGGACUCCCUUCCUCCCCCCGAUAUCUCGGGCACCAUUCGGGACACCCCCUGCUGCCACACGCACUGACGGACUGACGGACUGACAGACUGACUGACAGACUGACUGACGGACUGACGGACUGAGGCCAACCAUCCAACCAACCGACUGACUUACCGACUGCCACCGUCCCUCCAGUCCCGCGGUGGGCGGGUGGCCCCCUCGUACGUACAGACGUACAGAGGUACAGACGUACAGACAGACGGAGAGUUGGCUCUUGCGCAGCUCCCACCGUGUUUGUACGUGCGCAGCCAGCACACACACACACACAGCUGGCUCCCUCCUCCC